UUGCAACCUCAGUUAACGUAGUUAAAUGUAUACGGAGCCAUAGACACCCCCCUCCCCCCAGCAUUUCAGUAUUAUAACCUCAUCUUUAUUCCAUUUGUCUCCUCCUUAUUAUCUUCCUACAGGGAGUCCGCCCCGGGAGAAGGUAUCGCCCAAACGAACAGAAACAUCCUCCCCUAUGCCACAUUCUGAAAUACCAGCCCCAAGCUCUUGGAAGAGCCAUUUCCCGAACGGGGAUUUAUGGGUUUUCGGCUAUGGGAGUCUAAUCUGGAAGCCACCGCCACAUUAUGAUCAAAGAUUGCUCGGAUACAUAGAAGGCUAUGUUCGACGGUUCUGGCAGGCGAGCGGAGACCACAGAGGAACCCCUGAAUCACCCGGGCGGGUUGUCACUGUAAUCGAACAAUCAUUCUGGGAAACACUAUCAGACCCGCAACGUGAUGUCCAAUCAAACAACUCCAAACCCUCUACCGUCUGGGGCGCAGCCUAUCACAUCCCGGCCUCCCACGCAGAGGAAGUCCACGCCUACCUAGACGAUAGGGAAAUAGACGGCUACACCGUCCACUUCACCCCUUUCCACCCAGCACCAUCAUCCACCACCACCACCACCACCACUAACAACAAUAACACCACCAUCACUUCACCAACCUCCCCCAUAACAUGCAUGGUCUACAUCGGCCUGCCCACAAAUGCCCAAUUCCUCCGCAACCCCACAGACCGCGACCCGGCCAACGUCGCGCGUGUCAUCAGCCAGAGCUGCGGGCAGAGCGGGGAGAAUCGUGAGUAUUUGUACCUGUUGGAGAAAGCGUUGGAAGGGCCUGAGUUUGCUGGCGGGCUGGACGGGAAUGGGGAUGGGGACGGGGUUGGAAGGGUUGUAGAUAGCCAUAUUGCCGAUUUGGCAAGGAGGGUGAGGGCUAUUGAGGGGAGGGAGAUUAGUGAGGCGGAUCGGAGGAAGAGUGAGAUUGUGCUGGAACAUUUGCCGGGGCCGGAGAUGCGGGAGGGAGAGAAGGUGGAGCGGAUGGAGGAGUUUGAGGGUGGGGAUGUGGGGGCGGAAUAGGGAGGAAAUGGGUCGGGGUUUUGAGAGUUGUGGCCCAUGUUUUAUGGGGAUAGAACUGAGUGCGGGUUUGGUUAUAGAAUUAGAGCUUCUAGAUGUUCCGGAAUUUUUUGUGUCGUGCGGUUCGCUGCGGUAUGGUAUGGUGAGGUGAAGUACUAUAAGCAGUGGCAAUGGGCGAAUAGACCAUGGCGCGAACAAACCUCUUGACCUUUCCCGUCCGCCCAAUUUACCCGUGAUCGUCUGAACAUUUCUGUCAUCUGCUCUGUCAAAUCCCAAGUGGUGUAUCGCUGGGAAGAGCUUCCCAUACACCAAUCUCUCAUACGUUCCACUACAUUAUACUCACAUCCAUGAAUAUCGGUGGCCUGUGAUACCAUACCUGUAAACCUUAUGCGCACAGUAGGAUGGGCAUGGAAAUAUGUAAGCUUGAAAGGAAAGCGUGAAAAGGAAAAGAAAGGCAAGAGUAGUAAAUGGACAAAGGAAAGGAGGUAGGAGGGAGCUUUUGCCAGUCCGUCGGUCCGCGAAGAAAAACAUCAUAGCUUUGCAUAACUAGCAUUUAAAAGGAAAAGGAGGAGGCUAGCUAGGAUCCAAUAGAGGACAAAAUAGAACAGGGAAAGAAACAGGACCGGAAACAGGAUAAAGUGUAGACACAUCUCAUUCCU